UGUGUUUUGGUGGUUUAUUUGGCGCUGAGACGCGAGUGCUGUCAGUCAGUCAGUCAGUCAGUCGAGCUCUACUCCGGUGGUCUGGUUAUCUCACAGAGGUGCUUUCUCUUUCAGCGAAUGGAAUCGCCACAAAAAUGCGUUGCUAAUGAAUGUGUUUCUGCAAUAUGAAGAAUGGAAGAAGACGAUGUGACGAUUAGAGAGCAGAAUUUCCACAGCCAAGUGCGCGAGUACAUUGUCUGCUUCCUCCUGUUUGCAGUGCUGUACAUUGUGUCGUACUGCGUCAUCUCACGCUACAAGAGAAAAAGCGAUGACCAGGAAGAUGAGGAUGCCAUCGUCAACAGAAUAUCUAUGUACCUGUGUACAUUCACACUGGCAGUGUCUGGAGGGGUUGUCCUUCUCUUACCGUUUUCUAUAAUCAGUAAUGAGAUCCUGCUCUCCUUACCAAAAAACUACUACAUACAAUGGCUCAAUGGAUCACUCAUUCAUGGCCUGUGGAACCUUAUGUCCCUUUUUUCAAAUCUCUGUCUCUUUGUGCUGAUGCCUUUUGCCUACUUCUUCCUGGAGUCCGAGGGCUUCGCUGGUUCGAAAAAGGGCAUAAAGGCUCGAGUGCUGGAGACCUUUGUCAUGCUCUUUCUGCUGGCUCUCCUCAUCCUGGGCAUUGUAUGGGUGGCGUCCGCUCUCAUCGACAAUGAUGCUGCCAGCAUGGAAUCGCUCUACGAUUUAUGGGAGUUUUAUCUGCCAUACCUCUACUCCUGCAUCUCUCUGAUGGGAGGCCUUCUUCUUUUCUCGUCAGUGUGUACUCCAGUAGGGCUGUCACGCAUGUUCACAGUGAUGGGCCAAUUACUAGUCAAACCCACAAUUUUAGAGGAUCUGGAUGAGCAGAUCUAUUGUAUACAGCUGCAGGAAGAGGCCUUGGAGCGUAGACUCAAUGGUACGAUGUCAAACUCUUAUUUCCAUGGAAACUCUCAGCACCAUCUCUACAAAGAGCUGGACAACAUUCGCAAUCAGAGGAACAAACUCGAAAGGAGAAAGAAGGCCUCCGCCUGGGAAAAGAACCUCCUUUAUCCUAUAGUGAUGCUGAUCCUGCUUGCUGGAACGGCGAUUUCUGUUCUCCUGGUUGCCCUGAACAUUGUGUACUUGCUUGUUGAUGAGACGGCUUUGCCAAAGGGUUCAACGGAAAGAGAUAUUGGCAAUGCCUCCUUAUCCAAAUUUGGAGUUGCCCAGGCGGUUAUCGAAAUCAUUCUCAUGUUUUAUCUGAUGGUCUCAUCUGUGGUUGGCUUCUAUAGCCUUCGCAUCUUUCAGGAGCUCACACCCAGAAAGGACGACACUACCAUGACAACGAUCAUUGGUUGCUGUGUAUCCAUUCUAGUGCUGAGCUCGGCCUUGCCUGUCAUGUCCCGAACACUUGGAAUAACAAGGUUUGAUCUCCUGGGUGAUUUUGGACGGUUUAAUUGGCUUGGAAAUUUUUACAUCGUACUUUCGUACAAUCUCCUGUUUGCUGUGGUAACCACAUUGUGUCUGGUCCGAAAAUUCACAUCUGCUGUGCGAGAGGAACUCCUCAAAGCCCUCGGUCUGGAUAAAUUAAAUCUGUCCAACAGUACGACAGAUGCAGAGUCAGGGAAACAUGCUGUCAACGGGCAUCAGAAAACUCUGUGAGAACAAAAUCGAGCCAUUCUCACAAACUCAUGUUAUGUGUAUGCAGUUGGCUUUUUCAUUUUAACGGUACAGUGGUAUUUAAUCAGAGAGCAUCAAAAAAACAAAACAAAACAAAAAAGUUGAAGUGUUUAGACUUUGAGUAGUCAACCUACAAGACAGUAGAGUACAUACCGCUGAACCUCACUGCAGAAUGCUUCCAAGCUCUAACCAGGCUGAGAUUCACUAAGAUUUCAUUUGGAUUAGCAAUGUUUGUUGUUCAGCUUAUAAGUGCUUUCAUUUCAAUUCUCUUAAGUGAGAAAACGUUAUUUUCUUGCUGACCUGCACACCUAAAAGGCCUCCUGACUGCACCCUUCAAUGAGGGAUUAUUAUUAUAUUUAUUAGCUAUAAUUUUUCUCUAGUUUGGUUAGGGAAAUAUUAAGCUGUUUGCCAAGCUGAUAAUUUCAUGUGUAAUGAAGCAUGCAUUAGUCUCAAUUAGGGCUUAUAAUUUUCCUCCUUAAUUAUUGUUUGAUGACAUUUUGUGCCCUUGUAGAUCAGUAUUUUGUAAAGUUCAAUUUGGACCUCGUUAAAAAUAAAAAACAGGUUUAGUUCCCAUAAAAACAGCACACAAAUGACAUAUAAACAUUUUUGAUAAUGGCAAGAGAGGCACCUUUAUUACACAUGAUAUUAGUACUAAUAUUAGAAACUACAUUCUCUGAAGAAUUGCAGAGUGGUCAAAUUUAACAGUGACAAAGAAAUCGUUGCAGUGAGUCUAACUGAACAUAGAUAAUCUCAAGUUAAGUUAUAGCUAAGUUAUGCUUUAAUGCCAAAUUAACUGGUUCUUAUGCAAAUGGGGCACAUUACAAAAUCAGUUCAAAAAAAUCUACAAGCAAAAUGUGAUGGCCAGUCACAAUGACAAAUACUAAUUGUCAGCAUUGGUCUAUAGCUGUCAAAUUUAUUGCUUGAAUUUUGAUAUGUAAAGUAAGUUUUGUAGGCUGAAAACUUAUUCUUUGUCUGCCAUUGCAUAUGUUUACAUUCACUUUGUUAAAAUGAAGAUCAAUUAUUAUUUAUAAGUUGAUCAAUUAUAAAUGAGGAAGCAAUGUGAUUUUAGUUUCCUCAUGCUUUACUGUGACAAUUCAGGUUUGUUGGAUGUGACAGAAUUAAGUAAUGGGAAUUGACAAGGAAACUCCCCAAACAUGUGCCUUACUCACAAUAUUGGCAUAUACUGGGUAGUAUUGAAAAAUGACACAGAGUGAAGGAGCCUACCUGCCAAAUUUCUUCUUGCACUGCAACUGCUCUUGUUGUUUUCAUUGGUAGGCAGGGUUCCGAUGUGGACAUUAUGGGUUCGAGUCACUACCAACAACCAGCUUAAUAUGUUACUGUGUUUACUUGAACUGGUUGCGGCAGAUUGUGUUUUGGAAUGUUGCGACCUGCCAGUCACUCUUGGCAAAAUCACCUCAAUGAUUUAACACGUUUAAUGGAGUGUAGUGUAUUGUAGUCUUGAAUAAGGGAGGCGACAGAAUUGAAAAGACAGCAGAGAAAUGCUGCUCUAUUGUCGUAGUAGUAAAAUGCACCAAAUAUUUGGGAGAAGGUGAGGCACAAUCUUGGGAUAUGCUUCCUGUUCCUGUACUUAAAUCUGCUGCUACUUCCUUCACAACAUUUGAUACUAUACUAUACUAUGCUACAUGUACUACGCAAACUAAGAGCAUGUAACCAAUAACAUGCAUCCUUUGAACUUGGUUAUUGCUGCAGAGCUUGUAAGGAUCUGUGUAUUUGCCUUAUUUCAACAUCACUAGCAAAACAGCCUUCAAACAUCUAGUCUGUACCUCUGCAGCUGCUUUGCUUUUUGCAAAUGGCAGAUUAUCCAUGAAGAUAUUUGUGUGUUUUUCCACUCACUCUCAUGCUGGAUUUUAAGCCAGCUCAGUCUGUUCGGUCUGAUGAAAUACUGGUCUACGCAGAUCAAAGGCUAAACGCUUACAUUAUGUAGGAUCUUGUAUAUAAAGGCUGUGAAAACAGGACUGUAGAGCCACAUCAGUCCGAUUCACAUCUAUUAAAAAUUAUUGUGCAGUGAAAUGAAUGUGAAGUCCGAGCGGAGUCAGUUGUCAUUACGCAUGUAGAACGCAGCACGACUCAUUGAAGGGUCUCCUUUGUAGCUAUGAAAUACAGUGUCAUACAAGUCUAAAUGUUAAUGUACAAUAUGUUCAGUAUAGUUUCCAGACAUUCCCAUUCUGACGACAAAACCAAUAGACUAAAAGAACAUGACGAAAUCUGUUUUGGCCAUUCCUGACAUUUCUCUUAGGGUUUCAUGUAAAGCUAAACAGACAUCCUGUGUUCAGUCUUCACUUUUCGUCUCUUUAUCUAUGGCAAGCCUCAUAAUAAUGUAAAUGAUGUAUUUACAUGUAUAUACAGUAUAUUUCUUCUUUUUAUUUUUGUAGAAUGUAGAUAUGAAAUGGCCUUUGAGCCUCGUUCAUACUAUGCUAUUUGUGGAAAAGGCCAGACAAUUAGUUAUUCAGCAUUUGUUUAUUGUACAAAAACAAACAAAAAAAAUCACCUCUGAUGCCUUAAACAGGCUUUCUAGGCUUUUUUUCGUUUUUGUCUCCUGUUGUCCAGUAUUGAGGAGACAAGUUAUGCAUGUGUGAGAUGUGCAAAUGAGUGAAAGAGUGAGACAGAUUGUUAGUGUGUGUACCUUUUUAUUGACUAAUUCACUGUGAAUCCCUCUUGUGAUUGUCAAUAACAUGGCAUACCAAAACGACAGGGCGUAUCUUUUAACUCGAACUGGCCAAAGUCAAAAGAAACUAUCAGGGCACUGAUAUUGAAUAUAAGUUUGGGCAGAAAUCAUUUUAAGAAACGGAUUGAAUUUUGUGUCUGCAGAGGUGUAGGAUUCACAUGAGGGACACUGAAUUCAAAGCCUGUGAAAAGGUCAUUUAAAAAUCGACACCUCAGUGGGUUCUGUGGUUCAGUUUGAUGCAUUGUUUUGUGGUUUUUAUUGUCAUGGAUUUAAAAAAGUUACAUGUAAAAUAUAUCUUUUCUUCCUGUUGAUUUGCACAAAGAACAUUUUGUAAGAAUAUAUCUGGGGAAUAAGUGUGGUAACUCAUUGAAGUAAGCUUUGUAAUGUUUUUCUUUUUCUUUUUUGUGUGUAUGUGUAUUAAACUUUAAUGUCACUUUUGUCUGCACAAACUUUGUAAUGCCAGAGCAUCUUAUGUCAUUAACUAUACAAUACUAAAUUCUACUUUGGCUUUAAUUUAAUUAGUUUUUGAGGAAUGUUGCUGUUGCUUUAUGCAGGACAAUGACUGGUGUGUCAGUUGGUGUGGUGGGUUUCUCAAAAUAGAGGCAUUAGCAGUGAUAUACUAGAAAUAACUGUGAAAGAAAAAAAGCUGAUUCAUUCCAUAUUCCAUAAUCUGCUUGUCUGUACAACAUUGGUACAAGAGUCACAAAAAAUGUAGUACAUCAGUAUUUCAGUUUAUUAGUUAGUAGUUGAACUGUUGACAGCAUUUCAUUAGAAAGUGUCCUGUCUACACACCAAAACGGCUUGUUUGUUCAUCAUACGCUAAACGGCUGUCGGUCUCAUUUGAAUUCUCAUCUUCAGCUCCAAGGGAAAGCUUAAUUCUGUUUCCAUUUUUGCCAGUUGCUUCUUUUACAUGUGUGAAUGUAUUUUCAGAAUGUUUUCUCUCUUGUAUUUGUAGAGUUUAAUUGCAUAUGUUUGUGAAGCAAAAUGUUCAGAUUGUCUUUAGUUUACUUUGUAUUUCACUUCAGUUUACAAUAAAGUUUGUGACUUUU